AUGUCAACAUCAUCGUCCUCUGAAAAGGCCGACACCUUCGACCAAGGCAACCAUGUCGAAAAUGUUACCAAUGAAACACUUACUUUAGAACAUAGAGAGUAUUUGAUAGAGCGACAUGGCACUGUUGACCUGGAGCCUCUGCCUUCUAUGGAUCCCGUCGAUCCGUUGAACUGGCCCUCAUGGAAGAAAAAUGUAAACUUGUUUUUGGUUUCAUUUCACGCUCUCAUGACAACCUUUACGGCAGCAUCUAUCAUACCGGCAUUCGAGGACCUUUCUAUUGCUCUUGAUGUUUCUCUGACUGAGGCCUCAUAUCUUACCGCCAUUCAGAUUUUGAUUCUUGGUGUCUCUCCGCUCUUCUGGAAACCCAUCUCAAAUACAUAUGGCCGACGACCUAUCUGGCUCCUAUCGACAUUCGGUUCAAUGGUCUGCAAUAUUGGCUGCUCCGAGUCAAAGAGCUACGCAACUCAGGUGGUCACGAGAAUAUUGGUAGCAUUCUUCAUCAGUCCGGCUAUUGCGAUUAGCAGUGCUGUUGUUGCUGAGACAUUUUUCAAACGAGAGAGGGGGUUGAAGAUGGGUGUUUGGACAGUUAUGGUUACACUUGGCCCGCCCACCGGACCAUUCAUCAUGGGAUUCGUAGUCUACCACACCGGAAACUGGCAAUGGAUCUAUCGCAUCCUCGCCAUCACAAACUUCGUCCAAUUCAUCCUCUACUUCUUCCUCUCCCACGAAACCCUCUACGUCCGCCACCCCAAUACCCCCACAUCUACACUAACCCGUAUCCCCUCCAUCGCCUUUCAACAAAUCUCCAAACACCCCCUCAGUGCAGCAGACUUCUGGCGUCCUCUAACCCUCGCUAAAUACCCCACCAUCAUCCUCCCCACCAUCGCUUACUCUCUCGUCUUCUCCUUUGCGGGAAUCCUCAUGACCGUUGAGAUCCCUCAGAUCUUCACGCCCGCAUUCGGGUUCAACGCACAGCAAAUCGGACUCCAGUUCAUUGGCAUGAUCAUCGGUUCUAUCCUCGGCGAACAGAUCGGUGGGCGUGGUUCGGAUUUUAUUAUGCGGCCCAAGAAGUCGUCUUUACCUAGGAAACCUGAAUAUCGGCUCUUUCUCUCGUAUCCUGGGUACUUAUGCGCUAUUGUGGGAAUCAUCGUGUUCUGCGUGCAAACUGAUAGUGCGGCUGAGAAGGGUCGUUGGGAUGUCACUCCGAUUGUUGGGAUCGCGAUCGCGGCUUUUGGAAACCAGAUUGUGACGACGGUUAUCACUACUUACUGUGUGGAUUGCCACGCUGAAGUUGCUGGGAGUGUGGGUGUUUUCAUCAAUCUGGUUAGGAGUACUUGGGGGUUUAUUGGUCCAUUUUGGUUCCCUGAUAUGUUUGAUAAUUUGGGAUUGAAGGGGAGUGCUGGGUUGAUGGUGGGUAUUCUGGCGGUGUUUAGUGUGCUGCCCACGAUGUGGAUUCAAUGGAGGGGUGAGCGGGUCAGGAAUAAGGAGUAA